AAGGGGUGUUGCCCAGGAACGAGCUUCAUCGGGAGCAUGUUCGUUCCGACGUUGGCCAUGCCAUGGAAGUGGGGUGCAGAGAGAGAAAAACCGAGCCAUUGGGUUAUCCAUCGAUCAAAACAAUAUCACUAUCGGUUCAGGUGAUAUUCAGAUCGCAGACCUCAUUCUUACCAGUGUUUUGGCCUCUCAAGUAUUGCGCAAAGACCUCCAUCCGCCGCCAAAAUGCGCUGGCUAAGGACCAGUAUCUUCGUAUCCGUGACGGCUCUAUUGUCUGUCUGUCUGGAUUACGCCCUCGGCAGCUCUGCGUCUGAAGGACACGCGAACGCCCUCAUCGACGCACUUUCCCCGGAGGCCAAGGUCUAUUUUCCUAAUUCGACAGAGUUCAGUACACUGACAUCAAGAUGGUCCUCCUUAGCAGAGCCUAUCGUAAACGUUGCUGUGGUUCCUGCUACAGAGGAUGAUGUUGUGAAAAUUGUCCAGUAUGCAAAUAAGGCAAACUUGCCCAUCCUAGCUUUCAAUGGUGCUCACGCCGCUAUUACCACGCUAGGGCGCAUGCAUGGGGGUAUUGAGAUCUAUCUGGGCCAAUUAUCAAGUGUGAACAUUGCCCCAGAUAAUAAGACAGUGACAGUUGGGGGUGGCACAUUAUCCAAAAAUGUGACCGAUACCCUUUGGAGCGCAGGGAAGGAAACAGUGACGGGCACCUGUGAAUGUGUGAGUGUACUUGGUCCCGGGCUUGGGGGUGGCCAUGGAUGGCUUCAGGGACAUUACGGCCUUGUAACAGAUCAGUUCGUAUCCAUGAACGUUGUGUUAGCGGACGGUACUCUGCAGACAAUUGACGCAGACUCGGACCUCUGGUGGGGCAUGAAGGGCGCCGGCCAGAACUUCGGCAUCGUUACCUCUCUCACCUCAAAGAUCUACGAUAGAUCUCAAACCGAUUGGGCAAUUGAAACCCUCAUAUUCGACGGCGACAAUGUCGAGGCUCUUUAUCAAGCCGCUAAUGACCACUUCUCUAACAUACCCGUCGAUCUGAUUAAUUGGUCAUACUGGCUUAACAUUCCUACCGCUGACCCAAACAAGCCUAUCAUCUUAUUUUACAUCAUCCAGGAAGGAGUAACAUCCGUCGACCCAACAUACACAAAGCCCUUUCACGACAUCGGGCCCAUUUCGGUCGAAGCCGACUCGGGCACCUACAAGGACCUCGCCGCGUGGGUCCAAAUCGCCGUCGACUCCGCUCCGUGUCAAAAAGCUGGGCUCGCCCAUCCCCGCUUCCCCGCUUACAUAAAGGAGUACAACAUCUCAGCUCAGAAGCUGGCAUAUGAAGCUUAUGCAGCUAAUGUAUCGGGAGACUCGCCCUUCUCUUCCUCCAUUUACAUGUUCGAGGGCUACCCUGUCCAGGGUGUACAGGCAAUCGAUGGUGACUCUGCAGCAUUCGCCUUCCGAAGCGACAACAUCCUGACCGCCCCGCUUAUCACUUACACUCCCGCCGGGAAGGAACUCGAUGACCAGGCGGCCGAGCUUGGUAACAGGCUUCGAGAGAUUAUCCAUCAAGGUACCGGCAGCAACGAGUUGCACACGUACGUAAAUUACGCCUACGGGGACGAGACGCCGCAGAAUUGGUACGGCUACGAACAAUGGCGCCAGGAUCGCCUCAAAGCAUUGAAGAAUAAGUAUGAUCCUGAAGGUCGUUUCAGUUUCUUCGCACCAGUGCAGUAGAACAACUACCUAGGUAGUUGCCUUUGUAUAUACCUACCUAUCUAGUCGAGCUUCCAUAGAGUAAACGUAUUGCACAUCUGGUGCCCUCGUGUAGUCGAAUAACCAACGUAGCUCAGAGCUGUCGCAAACAUGUUCAGGUAAGUAAUGUUAUUGUCACAUGCGCCGGUUGGCUAUCGCAUUUGAAGACUUGAUGAAUGAUAAAAGUCGUUGGUGAGCAACUUCAACUUCACCCCCGACGUAUAGUCUUAUACAGCUUAUUUUUUCCGAUUCGGCGUAUCGUGUUCAUGUGCCAAUGCCUGGGGGAAUAAUAUUGAUGAGUCGAUUCUUACCUAUCGAUAAUUAGGCAUACAUGAGGACGUAAUAUCAGGUAACAAA